GCAGAAUCAACAGAGAUGUUAUAUAAAGUAGGGACACACAUCUGCUUGAACUCAUUUUAGGGAUGGAGUUAUCACCUAUCUUUGCCAUCCUGGUAUUGGGUUUGAGUUUUUUUGAGAGGAACUCAGUUUUUGUCUUGAGUGAGUCCAUGACCAAUGGUCCAUCUGUGAAAUGUAAACCUCUGGCCACAGCAUCUUCAACUGUAUUCUCAAUGGAAGGUGACUUUAACAUAGGUGGUGUGUUUUCCAUUUAUUACAAAAUGCACGCAGAGAUUUACAACCACACUUUCUCACCUGGGCCACCUCGGUGCACAGGGAGCAUAAAUGCUCGUGAACUGCGCUUCUCUCGAGCAAUGAUCUUUGCCAUUGAGGAGAUAAACAACAGCACUGAGCUGCUGCCUGGCAUCAAGCUUGGUUACCAGAUCCAUGACUGUUGUGCUGCUGUGCCAGUGGCGAUGUAUGCGGCCUUUCAGCUGUCAAGUGGGAAGAACACAGUGUUUUAUAAAGAUAGCAACUGUUCCCAGUCUGGUAUGGUGGCAGGUGUUAUUGGUGGUGCUGGAUCCACACCAUCUAUUGGUAUAUCCCAGAUUAUUGGAUCAUUUAACAUUCCUCAAGUUAGCUACUUUUCUACCUGUGCUUGUCUGUCAGAUAAGAAGCAGUUUCCAAAUUUCUUCAGAACAAUUCCCAGUGAUGCUUUUCAGGCUAUAGUGCUGGCCAAGCUGGUGAAACGCUUUGGCUGGACGUGGAUCGGCACUAUCUGCUCUGAUUCAGACUAUGGCAACAACGGGAUGGCCUCUUUUCUUCAAGCAGCUCAAAAGGAGGGGAUCUGUGUGGAGUUUUCUGAAUCUUUUUACCGGACCAACCCAAUUAGCAAAAUUCAAAGGAUAGCAAAUGUGAUCCGCAGGGCAACGGCCAAGGUAAUUGUGGCAUUUACUGCCUCUGGAGAUAUGAAAGUCUUGCUGGAAGAACUUGCCAGAAAACCUACACCAUCGAUUCAGUGGAUUGGUAGCGAGUCCUGGAUUACAGACCCGAACUUGCUGAAGUUUGAUUUCUGUGAAGGGGCCCUUGGAUUUGGGAUUCCAAAAUCAGUCAUCCCAGGAUUGAGAGAUUAUUUGCUAAAUCUUUCUCCUUCAGAAGUUGCAGCAUCUCCUCUCCUGACGGAGUUCUGGGAGGAUGCAUUCAAAUGCAGACUGCAAAAAAAUGUUUCUGAAGGAGAACUUGUCUGUGAUGGAAGUGAAGAUCUAAAAAAGCUUCAGAGUCCAUACACAGAAACCUCCCAGCUAAGAAUCACCAACAUGGUGUAUAAGGGUGUUUAUGCAAUAGCACAUGCUAUUCACAGGGUAGUGUGCCCAGAAAUAAAUUUUAUAACCAAGUGUGACAAACAUUUGAUGUUGGAAUCAAAGCAGGUUUUAGCGGCACUAAAGAAAGUAAAUUUUACCCAGAAUGGCUAUUCUGUGUCUUUUGAUGCUAAUGGAGAUCCUGUUGCUAUUUAUGAACUGGUCAACUGGCAGAAGGGUGAGAGUGGAAAUAUUGAGUUAGUAACUGUAGGAUACUAUGAUGCAUCAGAGUCAAUAAACAAAGAAUUCCAUAUAAACACUAAUCUAACCUGGGUGGAUGGCAGAGAACGAGUGCCGGUGUCAGUGUGUACUGAUAGUUGUCCUCCAGGAACUCACAAAGUGUUGCAAAAAGGAAAACCUAUCUGUUGCUAUGAUUGCAUACCAUGUCCUGAGGGAGAGAUUAGCAACACUACAGAUUCAUCUGAUUGUUUCCCGUGCCCCAUAGAAUUCUGGCCAAAUGCAGAAAGAGACUCAUGCCAUCCCAAACCAGUAGAGUUUCUUUCUAUUAAUGAGACUCUGGCGAUCGUCCUUGCUGCCUUCUCUGUUGGUGGAGCAUGUCUGGCCAUCUUAACAGCAGCAGUUUUUUUCCAUCACAGAACAACCCCAAUAGUACGGGCCAACAACUCAGAGCUGAGCUUCCUGCUGCUUUUCUCCUUGACUCUGUGUUUUUUAUGUUCCUUAACUUUCAUAGGGGCUCCCACUGAGUGGUCUUGUAUGCUGCGUCACUCAGCUUUUGGCAUCACCUUUGUUCUUUGUAUCUCCUGUGUGCUUGGAAAAACCAUAGUGGUCUUGAUGGCCUUUAAAGCUACACUGCCAGAUAGCAAUGUCAUGAAAUGGUUUGGUCCUCCACAACAAAGACUGACUGUAGUG